ACUGAAGAAAGAGUCCUCAGAGCCUCUCCUGCAAGGCAGUAAUCCCAGCCCCAAGGUGGAAUUGGAGUUCUGGAAGAACAGGUGUGAUGACCUGGAGUGCAUUUACAGUCAGCUGAGGACGAGGAAGGUUAGGAACAUGAUAGAGGUGCUAGAGAGAGUUGAGAGCAGCUACUUACCAGCCUUCAGAGCUAUGCUCAUGGAUGUUGAAGCAGCUUUGAGUGAAGCCCAGGACAUCCACCUGCACCUGAUGCCCCUCCGGCGCCAUUUGGAGGACAUAGAGAGGACUGACUUCAGCAAGGUGCAGCCACUCCUGCUCCCCCUGCUCCACGUGGUGUGCUUGAUCUGGGUCACCUCCAAGCACUACAGCCAGCCUGCACGCGUCGUGCUGCUGCUGCAGGAGAUCUGCAACCUUCUUAUCCAGCAGGCUGUGGUAUACCUAUCUCCAGAAGACCUUCUAAAAGGGGAGAUGGAAGAGAGCCUGGGCAAGGUGCAGAUGGUGCUCAGCAUCCUGAAUGGAUUCAAAGAGGCAUUUGAGGACAGAAGGGAAGAACUUCACACCUAUUAUAAAUCAGACAAAGAAGUGAAGGAGUGGGAUUUCCAUGCCACCAUGGUGUUUGCAAGGCUGGACAGCUUUCUGAAGAGACUGGAAAUGGUGGAGGAUCUCCUGGCAAAUGCCUUGGAUCUGAUGAAGCUGGAAAAGAUUGAGUUCAGUGGAUUUAAAGGGAAGGCCCUGAGUCAGAAGGUCCUGGACAUGCAUGAGGAAUUCCAGGAGGCAUACAGGGUCUUUGCAGAGCGAACCUAUGACUGCCUCGACCUGACCAGUGCGGAUUUUGAGCAAGAUGCCUUUGAUUGCCAGCGGAAAGUAGAAGACAUCGACCGGCGUCUGGGAACUGUUUUCAUCCAGGCCUUUGAUGAUGCCUCAGACUUGGAGCACACCUUCAAGCUGCUGGAGAUGUUUGGGAGCCUUUUGGAGCGGCCAGUAAUCGCUGCCCAUGCUGCCAGCAAAUACUCUGACCUCGUCCACAUGUUCAGCAGUGCCUUGAGCGACGUCAGGCUCAUCUACUCCAGGCACGUACGGGCAGAGCUGGAGCUUGGUUCACCUGCUGUGCAUAAGAACAUGCCACCAGUAGCUGGAGCGCUGCGCUGGGCUCAGGAGCUGCGAGCGCGGAUCCAGGCGCAGUUUGGUCACUUCAGGCACAUCUCAUAUCUCUGCCUGGACUCUACUGAAGGAAGAAGGGUGUUGGAGAGGUAUGAAGAAAUGCUCCAGUUGCUCAACAGGUAUCAAGAAAAAGUGUACAUAAACUGGUCCCAGACAGUCUCUGAAAAGUCACAGUACAACCUCACUCAACCGCUCAUCCGGCGAGAACCAGAAACCAAAUUGCUCACAGUCAAUUUUGAUCCCCAGUUGGUUUCAGUGCUGAGAGAGGUGAGCUACUUGUCUGGCAGCCAGAUGGAAAGCAUCCCACCAACAGCAGCAGAAAUCUAUUCCUCCAAGGAAUCGUACCGACAGAUGGUGGCCAAUUUGGAGCUAAUGGUGAACAGAUACAACAAGAUCCUGAAGACAGUCCUGGAGGUUGAAUACCCUCUAAUACAGGAGCAGCUACGGGAUAUUGAUUUCAAACUGAAAGAGGCAGAGGAAACAUUGAACUGGAAGAUGGAGGGUGUCUGGGACCGCAUCUCCAUGGUGAUGGAUGGUGUCCAGGACCUCGAGCAGAGGAUACAGAAAGCCAAAAGCAACGUUGAGGAGAUCCAGAGCUUUGUGCGGUCAUGGGGGUCCCCCAUAUUUGAGAGGAAAGAUGGGAAAAAGGAAUCACUGCUGAACCUGGAGGACUGCCAGGACCGUCUGGAGAAGCGUUACAGCCUGGUCCGAGAGUCAGGGCUGAGGAUUCAUUUGCUGAUGAAGGAAAAUCAGAGCCUCUUAACUGCAGACCCAGCAUCUGAUGUCUGGAAGGCCUACGUGGAUUAUGUAGAUGAGAUAAUCCUGGAUGGAUUCUUUACUGCCAUUGAGUGCUCACUCAAGUACCUCCUGGACAACACAGAUCCCAAGGCAGGACUUGCCCCCCUGUUUGAAGUGCAGCUGGAUUUAGUGAUCCCAGAUUUGAUUUUUCGUCCCUCCUUGGAUCCUGGCACAAAUGAUGGCUUCUAUGACAUGGUGGAAAGCCUUCUCAAUGACAUCUACAGGAUCUCCUCACUGGUGCCCAGGCUGGCUGGGCACAGCGGCUUCCCCCACUACCAGGCUGACAUGGAGGACAUGGCUGACCUGGCUGACGUGCGCCAUGACCUGAUGGGCCGCGUGCAGGCUGCGAUGGCGGCCUGUUGCGAAUAUCGCAGCAGCUUCGAUCGCUACUCUUACCUCUAUGGGGAUGAUAGAAAGGAAUUCUUCCGCCAGUUCUUACUCUAUGGGCACAUCCUCACCGCUGCAGAAAUUGAGGCUCAUGCAGAGAAUGGGGUCCCUGAGACGCCCCCCACCCUCGAGCAGUUCAGGGAGCAGAUUGACUCCUAUGAGCAGAUUUAUGAGGAGGUGAAUCGCAUUGAGCCCGUCAGCGUCUUCCAUAGCUGGAUGAAAGUCGAUGCACGGCCUUUCAAGGCAUCCUUGCUGAAUGUGGUUAAAAGGUGGAGUUUGUUGUUCAAGCAGCAUCUCAUUGACCACGUCACACACAGCUUGACUGACCUUGAAGAGUUCAUAAAAGUUGCUGAUGAAGGUCUGAGCAAAAAAGUUGAAAAAGGAGAUUAUAAUGGCUUGGUGGAGAUUAUGGGUCAUCUCAUGGCCGUUAAAGAAAGGCAGAGUAUCACUGAUGCCAUGUUUGAGCCCCUGAAGCAAACCGUGGAGCUGCUGAAGGCGUAUGAGCAGCAACUGCCUGAGGAAGUCCAUAAGCAGCUAGAGGAGCUGCCAGAAAAAUGGAACAAUGUAAAGAAGCAGGCGAUAGCUGUGAAGCAGCAUGUGGCUCCUCUGCAGGCAAAUGAAAUGGCAGCUCUGCGCAGGAGCUGUGCGGCCUUUGAUGCUGAGCAGCACAGAUUCAGAGAGAGGUUUCGGAAAGAAGCACCGUUCAGGUUUGAUGCUGAAAAGCCUUAUCAGCUGCUGGAUGCAAAGAACAUUGAGAUUAAGCAAAUGGAGUCAGCCAUGACCUCGAUUUAUGAAUCAGCUGCUCUGUUUGAAGUCAUGGUGCCAGAUUAUAAGCAACUGAAGCAGUGCAGAAAGGAGAUGUGUCUUCUCAAAGAGCUGUGGGAUAUGAUCUCGGUUGUGAACAGCAGCCUUGAGGACUGGCAGACCACCAAAUGGGUGGAUAUUAAUGUGGAAAACAUGGAUCUCGAGUGCAAAAAGUUUGCAAGAGAGAUUCGAAAUUUGGAUAAGGAGAUGAGGGCAUGGAAUGCUUUCACAGGGCUGGACAGCAGAGUGAAGAACAUGCUGACGGCCCUGAGAGCUGUAGCAGAACUUCAAAAUCCUGCUAUUAGAGAAAGACAUUGGGGUCAGCUGAUGCAGGUGACGGGUGUGAAGUUCGUGAUGGACUCUGACACCACGCUGGCUGAUCUUCUGAAGCUCUGCCUGCAUAACUAUGAGGAUGAGGUUCGUGGAAUUGUGGACAAAGCAGUGAGAGAAAUGAGCAUGGAGAAGGUCCUGAAGGAAUUAAAACUGACCUGGAGCAACAUGGAGUUUCAGUACGAGCCUCACCCACGGACAAACAUCCCAUUGCUGAAGUCGGACGAAGAACUCAUUGAAACUCUGGAAGACAACCAGGUGCAGCUGCAGAACUUAAUGACAUCCAAAUGCAUUGCUUUUUUCUUGGAGGAAGUAUCUGUGUGGCAGAGGAAACUGUCCACUGUGGACUCUGUCAUUUCCCUCUGGUUUGAAGUGCAGCGUACGUGGUGUCACCUGGAGAGCAUAUUCAUAGGCUCAGAAGAUAUACGGACACAGCUUCCAGAUGACUCCAAAUGCUUUGAAGGCAUUGAUGUUGAUUUUAAGGAACUGGCCUAUGGAGCUCGGGAAACCCCGAAUGUAGUUGAAGCCACCAAUAAACCAGGCCUUUCCCAACAACUGGAGAACAUUCAGAGUAGGCUGUCGCUAUGUGAGAAGGCUUUGGCUGAAUAUUUGGACAGGAAGAGGUUGGCUUUUCCCAGAUUUUACUUCAUUUCUUCUGCAGAUUUAUUGGACAUUCUUUCCAAUGGCACCAACCCACAGCUGGUGCAACGUCAUCUUUCCAAACUCUUUGACAACCUGGCCAAGAUGAGAUUCCAGCUGGACUCUGAGCAAAAGCCAACCAAGAUUGGCCUGGGGAUGUACAGCAAGGAGGAGGAGUACGUCAGCUUCAGUGAACCGUGUGACUGCAGUGGGCAGGUUGAGGUCUGGCUGAAUCACGUACUGGACAGCAUGAGGGCUACAGUCAGAGAUGAGAUGACAGAAGCUGUAACGGCGUAUGAGGAGAAGCCAAGGGAACAGUGGCUUUUUGACUACCCUGCUCAGGUGGCUCUGUCUUGCACCCAGAUUUGGUGGACGACAGAGGUUGGGAUUGCCUUCGCCAGGCUGGAAGAAGGCUAUGAGAACGCCAUGAAGGAGUACCACAAGAAGCAAGUGACCCAGCUGAACACCCUUGUUACCAUGCUAAUUGGGCAGCUCUCCAAGGGUGACAGGCAGAAAAUCAUGACAAUAUGCACCAUUGAUGUGCACGCUCGGGAUGUGGUGGCAAAGAUGAUAGCACAGAAGGUGGACAAUGCACAGGCUUUUGUUUGGCUGUCGCAGCUCCGACACAGGUGGUCAGAUGAGGAGCGGCACUGCUUCGCCAACAUCUGUGAUGCCCAGUUCCUCUACUCCUAUGAGUAUCUUGGCAAUACCCCUCGGCUUGUGAUCACUCCACUGACAGACAGAUGUUACAUCACCCUGACCCAGUCACUGCAUCUGACCAUGAGUGGAGCACCUGCGGGCCCUGCAGGCACCGGCAAGACGGAGACUACGAAAGACUUGGGGCGAGCCCUGGGCAUCAUGGUGUAUGUGUUUAACUGCUCUGAGCAGAUGGACUACAAGUCUUGUGGGAAUAUUUACAAAGGCCUUUCCCAGACGGGAGCCUGGGGCUGUUUUGAUGAGUUUAACAGGAUCUCAGUUGAGGUCCUUUCUGUGGUGGCUGUGCAGGUGAAGAGUGUGCAGGAUGCAAUACGGGAGAAGAAGAAAUCCUUCAGUUUUCUUGGAGAAGACAUCAACUUGGUACCUUCUGUGGGAAUUUUCAUCACCAUGAACCCUGGUUACGCUGGGCGAACUGAGCUGCCUGAGAACUUAAAAGCUCUCUUCAGGCCGUGUGCGAUGGUUGUGCCAGACUUUGAGCUGAUCUGUGAAAUCAUGCUGGUGGCUGAGGGGUUCAUCGAGGCCCGUGCAUUAGCCAGGAAGUUCAUUACUCUGUACCAGCUCUGCAAGGAGCUCUUAUCCAAGCAGGAUCACUAUGACUGGGGCUUGCGUGCUAUCAAGUCAGUGCUGGUUGUUGCUGGUUCCCUCAAGAGAGAUGACCCAGGGCGACCUGAAGACCAGGUUCUGAUGCGUUCCCUUCGUGACUUCAACAUCCCCAAGAUAGUGACUGAUGACGUGCCAGUGUUUAUGGGGCUGAUUGGGGACCUCUUCCCUGCAUUGGAUGUGCCUCGGAAGCGUGACUUGAAUUUUGAGUCAUUUGUGAGGCAGGCUGUGUUGGACCUCCGGCUGCAGGCUGAGGACAACUUUGUGCUCAAAGUGGUGCAGCUGGAGGAGCUGCUGACAGUACGGCACUCUGUCUUUGUGGUGGGUAAUGCAGGCACGGGCAAGUCGCAGGUAAUGAGGUCUCUGAAUAGGACUUACCAGAUAAUGAAGCGACGGCCUGUUUGGACAGACCUCAACCCCAAAGCAGUCACCAACGAUGAGCUUUUUGGCAUCAUAAACCCAGCAACAAGAGAAUGGAAGGACGGGCUGUUUUCAUCAAUCAUGAGAGAGCUGGCCAACAUCACACACGACGGCCCCAAGUGGAUGGUACUAGAUGGAGAUAUUGAUCCGAUGUGGAUCGAGUCUCUUAAUACAGUGAUGGAUGAUAAUAAGGUGCUGACCCUGGCAAGCAAUGAGAGAAUCCCCCUGAACCCAACCAUGCGACUGGUCUUUGAGAUCAGCCACUUGCGCACAGCCACCCCAGCAACUGUGUCCAGAGCAGGGAUCCUGUACAUCAACUCAGCAGAUCUGGGCUGGAAUCCCCCAGUGAGCAGCUGGGUUGACAAGCGAGAGAUCCAAUCAGAAAGAGCCAACCUGACCAUUCUGUUUGAUAAGUACCUGCCACCUUGCCUGGACACCCUGAGGACAAGGUUUAAGAAGAUUAUUCCCAUUCCUGAGCAGAGCGUGGUUCAGAUGUUGUGUUACCUCCUUGAGUGCCUCCUGACGGAGGAGAACACCCCUCCCGACUGCCCCAAGGAGCUGUAUGAACUUUACUUUGUCUUUGCUGCUGUCUGGGCCUUUGGUGGAUCAAUGUUUCAAGACCAGCUUGUGGAUUACAGAGUGGAGUUCAGCAAGUGGUGGGUGGCGGAAUUCAAGACGAUCAAGUUUCCCUCUCAGGGAACGGUCUUUGACUUUUACAUCGAUCCAGAAACAAAGAAGUUUGAGCCUUGGUCUAAACUGAUCCCCCAGUUUGAAUUUGAUCCAGAAGUGCCAUUACAGGCUUGCCUCGUGCCCACAACCGAGACGGUCCGGCUGCGGUACUUCAUGGAUCGGCUCCUGGAGCGCCAGCGCCCGGUGAUGCUGGUGGGCAGUGCAGGCACUGGGAAGUCUGUGCUGGUGGGGGACAAACUCUCCUCUCUGGACACAGAUGCGUACGUGGUGAAGAAGGUCCCGUUCAACUACUACACCACCUCUGCCAUGCUGCAAGGUGUGCUUGAGAAGCCUCUAGAGAAAAAGGCUGGCAGAAAUUAUGGCCCUCCGGGCACCAAGAAACUCAUCUACUUCAUCGAUGACAUGAACAUGCCAGCAGUGGAUGCCUAUGGGACGGUGCAGCCCCAUACGCUCAUCAGGCAGCACCUGGACUAUGGGCACUGGUACGACAGGACCAAGCUGUCACUGAAGGAGAUCACAAACGUGCAGUAUGUGUCAUGCAUGAACCCAACAGCAGGGAGCUUCACCAUCAACCCACGCCUGCAGCGUCACUUCUGCGUCUUUGCCCUCUCCAGCCCUGGGCAGGACGCCUUGUCCAGGAUCUACAGCACCAUCUUAAUGCAGCACCUGGCGAGCAGGAAUUUCUCAGAAGCUGUACAGAAGUCAGCUCAGCAGCUGAUCUCCCUGGCCCUGGGCCUGCACCAGAGGGUAGCUGCUGCUUUCCUCCCAACGGCUAUCAAGUUCCACUACAUUUUCAACCUGAGAGACUUCUCCAAUAUCUUCCAAGGUCUUCUGUUUUCUACUCCUGAAUGUCUGAAGCAACCCCAAGACCUGGUAAAGCUCUACCUGCAUGAGUCAAACCGGGUGUACCGGGAUAAGAUGAUUGAAGAAAAGGAUUAUGGUACCUUUGAUAAAAUCCAGCUGGAGAUGGUGAAGAAGUUCUAUGAUGACAUUGAGGAGACCUUAGAGCAGACCAAGCAAAUGAAUGUUUAUUGCCAUUUUGCUAAAGGCAUUGGUGAACCUAGCUAUGGGCCUGUUCCAACCUGGGAGGAGUUGAACCAGACCCUUGUGGAAGCCUUGGACAACUACAAUGAAGUCAAUCCUGCCAUGAACCUGGUGCUAUUUGAGGAUGCCAUGUGCCAUGUUUGCCGCAUCAACCGUAUCCUGGAGUCCCCCAGAGGAAAUGCACUCUUGGUCGGUGUGGGCGGCAGCGGCAAGCAGAGCCUGACCAGGCUGGCGGCCUUCAUCAGCUCUCUGGAGGUCUUCCAGAUCACUUUGAGGAAAGGCUAUGGGACCCCUGACCUGAAGGCAGACCUGGCAAACCUGUACGUGAAAGCUGGUGUGAAGAACAUAGGCACUGUUUUCCUGAUGACCGAUGUGCAGGUGGCUGAUGAACAGUUCUUGGUGCUGGUAAAUGACUUGUUAGCAUCAGGUGAAAUCCCUGAUCUCUUCCCGGAUGAUGAAGUUGAAAACAUCAUCAACAGUGUGAGGAAUGAAGUCAAAGGUCAGGGCCUGGUGGACUCCAGAGAGACUUGCUGGAAGUUCUUCAUAGAGCGUGUUCGACGACAGCUGAAGGUUGCGUUGUGUUUUUCGCCUGUUGGCAACAAGCUGCGGGUCCGCAGCAGGAGGUUCCCCGCCAUCGUGAGCUGCACGGUCAUCGACUGGUUCCAGGAGUGGCCGCAGGAAGCCCUCGAGUCCGUCAGCCUCCGCUUCCUGCGAGAGACAGACAGCGUGGAGGCUUCAGUGAAAGAGUCAGUAAGCAAAUUCAUGGCCUACGUCCACACAAGUGUCAAUGAGGUAUCCCAGCUGUACCUGAGCAACGAGCGGCGGUACAACUACACCACUCCCAAAUCAUUCCUCGAGCAGAUCAAACUCUAUCAGAAUUUGCUAAUGAAAAAGAGAAAGGAUUUAACAGCAAAAAUGGAGCGGCUGGAGAACGGCCUGGAGAAGCUCAACAGUACAUCUGCCCAGGUGGAUGACCUGAAGGCCAAGCUGGCAGCCCAGGAAGCAGAACUGAAGCAGAAGAAUGAGGAUGCCGAUAAGCUGAUUCAGGUGGUGGGUGUGGAGACGGAGAAAGUGAGCAGGGAGAAGGCAGCUGCAGAUGAAGAGGAGCAGAAAGUGGCACUCAUCACCCAGGAGGUCCAGCAGAAACAGAAGGACUGUGAGGAGGACCUGGCCAAAGCUGAGCCUGCCUUGGCAGCUGCCCAGGCUGCUCUGAACACCCUCAACAAGAAGAACCUGACAGAACUGAAAUCCUUUGGGUCACCACCUCCAGCCGUCAGCAAUGUCACCGCUGCCGUGAUGGUGCUGAUGGCCCCGGGAGGAAAGAUUCCCAAGGACAGGAGCUGGAAGGCAGCGAGAGCCACCAUGGCCAGGGUGGAUGGGUUCCUGGACUCCUUGAUCAAGUUCGACAAGGAGAACAUCCAUGAGAACUGCCUCAAAGCCCUCCAGCCUUAUUUAGAGGAUCCCGAGUUUAAUCCUGAGUUCGUUACCACCAAGUCCUAUGCGGCAGCCGGCCUCUGCUCAUGGGUGGUGAAUAUCGUGCGCUUCCACGAGGUGUACUGCGACGUGGAGCCCAAGAGGCAGGCCCUGAGCAGAGCCAACGCUGAGCUGGCAGCUGCCCAGGACAGGCUGGCCAGCAUCAAGGCCAAAAUUGCACGCCUCAACGAGAACCUGGGAAAGCUGACAGCCAAGUUUGAGAAGGCCACUUCUGACAAACUCAAGUGUCAGCAAGAAGCUGAAGCUACAGCAUGUACCAUCACUCUUGCAAACUGGCUGGUUGGAGGACUGGCUUCUGAGAAUGUGAGAUGGGCCGAAGCUGUGAAGGACUUCAAACAGCAACAGAGCACUCUGUGUGGAGAUGUCCUACUGAUUACAGCGUUUGUCUCCUACCUGGGGUACUUCACCAAGAAAUACCGACAAGACCUCAUGGAAGAAGUCUGGAAGCCAUAUUUGCAGCAGUUAGAAGUGCCGAUCCCUGUAACUCCAUCCCUAGACCCUCUGACCAUGCUGACAGACGAUGCUGACAUUGCAGCUUGGCAGAACGAGGGGCUGCCGGCCGAUCGGAUGUCCACUGAAAACGCCACCAUUCUCACCAGCUGUGAGCGUUGGCCCCUCCUGGUGGAUCCACAGCUGCAGGGAAUCAAAUGGAUCAAAGCAAAGUAUGGCGAAGACCUGCGGGUGAUCCGAAUUGGGCAGAAGGGGUAUCUGGACACAAUGGAACGAGCCCUGGCUUCAGGAGAAUUGGUUCUGAUUGAAAACCUGGAGGAGUCCGUGGAUCCAGUUCUGGGGCCGUUACUGGGGCGAGAAACAAUCAAGAAAGGAAGGUACAUUAAGAUUGGGGACAAGGAGUGCGAAUUCAACCCUGCUUUCCGUCUGAUCCUGCACACGAAGCUGGCAAACCCCCACUUCCAGCCCGAGCUGCAGGCACAGUGCACCCUCAUCAACUUCACUGUCACACGGGACGGCCUCGAGGAGCAGCUGCUGGCGGCGGUGGUCAGCAUGGAGCGGCCUGACCUGGAGCAGCUCAAGUCAGAUCUCACAAAGCAACAGAAUGGAUUCAAAAUCACCCUGAAAACGUUAGAGGACAACUUGUUGUCUCGGCUGUCAUCAGCAUCUGGGAACUUCCUGGGAGACACAGCAUUGGUGGAGAACUUGGAGACCACUAAACAGACAGCAGCAGAAAUUGAAGAAAAGGUCCAGGAGUCCAAGGUGACUGAAGCCAAGAUUAAUGAGGCGAGGGAGCACUACAGGCCUGCUGCCGCGCGGGCCUCUCUGCUCUACUUUGCCAUGAACGACCUCCGUGCCAUCCAUCCCAUGUACCAGUUUUCUCUGAAGGCAUUCAGCAUUGUGUUCCAGAAAGCCAUUGAGAGGGCAUCUCCUGAUGAGAGCCUCCAGGUGCGAGUGCUGAACCUCAUAGACAGCAUCACCUUCUCUGUGUUCCAGUACACGACCCGAGGGCUGUUUGAGUGCGAUAAGCUGACCUACACUGCACAGGUUACCUUCCAGAUACUUCUGAUGAGUAAAGAAAUCAAUGCAGUAGAACUGGAUUUCCUUCUCAGAUACCCAGCACAGCCCAGAGUCACAAGCCCUGUGGAGUUCCUGUCUAAUCACUCCUGGGGAGGAAUCAAGGCUCUCUCAUCCAUGGAGGAGUUCAGAAACCUGGAUCGGGAUAUUGAGGGCUCCGCAAAACGGUGGAAGAAGUUUGUUGAAUCUGAGUGUCCUGAAAAGGAGAAGUUCCCCCAGGAAUGGAAGAACAAGUCAGUUCUGCAGCGCCUGUGCAUCAUGCGGGCCAUCCGGCCCGACCGCAUGACCUACGCUGUCCGAGAUUUUGUAGAAGAGAAGCUCGGCAGUAAAUUUGUGGCUGGGAGACCCCUGGAUUUUGCAGCUUCCUUUGAAGAAUCGGGACCUGCAACCCCAAUGUUUUUUAUCCUGUCCCCAGGUGUUGACCCACUCAAGGAUGUGGAGAAACAAGGGAAGAAACUCGGUUACACAUUUAACAACAGGAAUUUCCACAAUGUGUCCCUGGGACAAGGCCAGGAGGUGGUUGCUGAGCAAGCUCUGGACGUGGCUGCAGCAGAGGGGCACUGGGUGAUCCUGCAGAACAUCCAUCUGGUGGCCAAGUGGCUGAGAUCUCUGGAGAAGAAGCUGGAGCAGCACAGUGAGGGCAGCCAUCGGGAUUUCCGUGUUUUCAUUAGCGCAGAGCCAGCUCCGUGCCCAGAGAGCCACAUCAUUCCGCAGGGCAUCCUGGAGAACUCCAUCAAAAUCACCAAUGAGCCGCCGACAGGGAUGCACGCCAACUUGCACAAAGCCCUUGACAACUUCAACCAGGAUACCCUGGAGAUGUGCACUCGGGAGAACGAGUUCAAGAGCAUUCUGUUUGCCCUCUGCUAUUUCCAUGCUGUGGUGGCAGAAAGACGCAAGUUUGGUCCCCAAGGCUGGAACCGGUCCUACCCCUUCAACACUGGAGACCUCACUAUCUCUGUUAACGUGCUCUAUAACUACCUGGAGGCCAGCUCGAAGGUCCCAUACGAUGAUUUACGCUACCUCUUUGGUGAGAUCAUGUACGGAGGUCACAUUACAGAUGACUGGGACAGACGGCUUUGCAAGACCUAUUUGGAAGAAUUUAUUAAGCCGGAAAUGCUGGAGGGUGAAUUCUUCCUUGCUCCAGGAUUCCCUCUCCCGGGGAACAUGGACUAUAAUGGCUAUCAUCAGUACAUAGAUGACACCUUGCCACCAGAGUCUCCUUAUCUCUAUGGCCUCCACCCCAACGCUGAGAUUGGAUUCCUUACCCAGAGCUCUGAGAAGCUCUUCCGCGUCGUGCUGGAGAUGCAGCCCCGCGACAGCAGCAUGGGCGAAGGAGGAGUGGGGACCAGGGAAGAAACGGUGAAAGCUCUUCUGGAUGAGAUGCUAGAGAAGCUGACGGAUGAGUUUAACAUUGCAGAACUGAUGGCAAAGGUGGAGGAGAGGACACCGUACAUCGUGGUUGCUUUCCAGGAAUGUGAGCGCAUGAACAUCCUCACCAGUGAAAUAAAGAGCUCUCUCAAGGAACUGGACCUGGGGCUGAAGGGAGAACUGACCAUGACAAGUGACAUGGAGAACUUGCUGAACGCCCUGUUCUUGGACGUGGUGCCUGAGUCCUGGGUGAAGAAGGCUUAUCCUUCCACGGCCAGCCUGGGAAUGUGGUUUGCUGACCUCCUCACUCGCAUCAAGGAGCUGGAGACGUGGACAGGAGACUUUUCGUUGCCUUCUGCAGUGUGGCUUGCUGGGUUCUUCAACCCUCAGUCGUUUCUGACAGCCAUCAUGCAGUCCACAGCCAGAAAAAAUAAGUGGCCUUUGGACAAGAUGACCUUGCAGUGUGAUGUUACAAAGAAGAACCGGGAAGAUUUUGCCAGUCCUCCUCGGGAAGGGGCUUACGUCCAUGGUUUGUUCAUGGAGGGUGCACGCUGGGAUGCACAGACCGGGAUAAUCACAGAUGCCAGGCUCAAGGAACUAACCCCGGCCAUGCCUGUCAUUUUCAUCAAGGCCAUUCCUGCUGACAAGCAGGAGAUCCGCAGUAUGUACCCAUGUCCCGUAUACAAAACACGCCAAAGAGGACCAACUUAUGUAUGGACUUUUAACCUUAAAACCCGAGAAAACCCAUGCAAGUGGGUGCUUGCUGGUGUGGCACUGCUGCUCCAGAUCUAGGCUCACCAGCAGAGAGCCUCAAUUAACAUCCCUAACGAUGUCUUUCUCAGACAAUUUUGGAAACAAUGUUCUGAGCCCAUUCCCCAGCUGCACCUUCCAGGGCCCUUGGCCUGCUUAGUGCCUGUAUGGGAGCUGAGAGAGGGCAGUGUUUAUAUAGCCCAGAUUCUUGACUGCUGCAAAUCACUGUCCUGCAGUUCCUGCACUCAAAGAUCCAAACCCACGCCCAGAUUUGCUGUACUCAGAGAGUGUUAAGCUCAAAGCUGAAUUCAAAGUUUAUUUCUCUGUUGUGAUUCAAAAGUAGUUUUAAAGUCUGUGGGCUUCUCCAGUAUCCAUAGGUAGUUCAGUGAUGUGUGAAAUUCUUUGGACUUUGUUCUUUUCUGUAUGUGAACAUUUCUUUGCUUUAUGUAUAAUGCUGAACCCAGCAGGUGUGGUGGAUGCGAUGUUUCUUGCUAAUAUUCCUGUAAACUGUAACUGUUGAAAAUGAUAUUAACAUCUAAUGUGAUUAAUGUCUUGAACAGUAGAAAAACAGCCUGGAGUUUGUUUGAAAAUUCUUUGUAAUGAUAGAACUAAUGAAAAUCAUUGCACCUAGUAUUGCCUGGAAGCCAGCAUCAUGCAUUUAAUCACUCAAACUUCCCCUCCCAGGCUGCCAGGUUGCAGUCUUAUGGUCAGACUGCAGGGGGCUGUGACCCUCCUGGCUGUGACCAGACCCAUCCUCAGAGACAAUGAGCUCCAUGACAUCUUGAGGCCCACCAGAGCUGGCCCUGAGCAGGCUCAGGUGUUGGCACCACCUGAGAGAGGGAUGAUCACUGAUCAGCCCUGUUCCUAUGUGGUGGACCUC